AUGCCCGCCACAAGCAGCACCACCGGCAGCGCGCCCCAGAAGCAGGCCCCAAUGGAGAUGGGCGCCCGCGACGGCAUCGUCGUCGCCCAGCCGACCGCCGAGCCUCUCCCCAGCGCCGAACAGCAGCAGCUGUCUCUUCGCGGAGGUGAGCUGAACUGCGGCUUCUCCUGCUGCGGCGGAUCCUGCCGUUUCCACAAGAGCUGCUGCUAG